AUGGGCGGGAGAAAGGGCAAAGCGCCCCGGUGCCCCGAGGGACCAAAGAGGCGGGACUCGGGGGAGCAGGAGUCCGGGUCUGCCAGCGCCGAUGGCGCGGCCAGCGGGGACCGCCGACAGGGCCGUAAGGCUCGAGGCUCGGGACCUGUCUCGGAUCCCGCCGCCGCGGGAGGCCAGGGGGCCCCCGGUGGCCGCGGGAAGCCCACCGCAGAGGGGAAGGGCGGCUGCCCGCGGCCAGCGGCUCAGGGGAGGCAAGGCAGUGCCCGGCCUCGGGGACGCGGGCCCGGGGAGAGCCGUGAGCCCGGGGACGGCCGUGGGGGGCGCCUGGAGGACAGUCUCCCCCGAGGAGAAGGGAGGACAGGCGGGCACGGCCGCCGCAGGAGGAAAGGAAAAGGGCGGGGACCCUCGGCGAGGCGGGGACGCCGAGCGCCUCGGAGCCCCGGUGGGGACACGUCGGGCGGAGACCGGGGCAGCUCCUGCCCGGACAGCGAGGCCCACGAGGACCAGGAAAGCGGCAGCCAGAGCGGCGGGACCCCGGAGCCACGGCCCAACUCAGAGCAAACGAACGCGAGCUCGGGAGACCCCCAAACCGGGCCGGCGGCAGCGCUGGGGCAGGGCGAGCCCCCGAGCAGCGACGGUAGGAGCAGCGACGAGCCCCACUCCGAGCCCCGAAGCCGGGGAGGGUCAUCAUGGAUCGGGCCCCAGAGAGCGACGGCGGAUUCCGGGUCAGACACGGACUGGAGGCGGGAGGAGGCCGGACCUGAGCCGGGCCCGCGGGCAGCCCCAGAGUCAGGGAGCCGGGCCACGGAGGCCGAGCCGGGCAGGACAGCCACGACCUCCAGCCCCCUCGAGGGCAGCCCCGCUGGCGUCCCCAAGAGCUCGCGGGCUUCUCGGGACACGAGUGACGACGGGGCGCAGCCAGAGGCUGAGCCCGGAGGAGCCGAGGCCUCGACGGCCAGGGCUCCGCGCCGCCAGGUCGGAAAGGUGUUGGGGAAGGUGCAGGCGGCGGCGAGCGAGGGCGCAGCAGAGGGUGGAGGGGGAGACGCGCCCGGGGACCCAGCGCCGCUGGCCGCCCUCGUGGCGCUGCACCGGCUCCGCGCGAGGGCGCCACCCGCUCCCGCUCCCCAGGCUGCGGGUCCCCGUCGCCCAAGCCUCAAGAAAAGGCUCCUUCGCGUGGCCCAGGCCCUGGGCCUCCUGCGGUGGCUCUGGCGUCUGCUCGGGCUGCGCGGGGGCGAGGGGCCGGAGGCGGAGCGGCCGGCCGGCGAGGAGCCGGGGGCGGGGGCGCGGGCAGGCGAGGGGCCGGGGCGCGCGCGGGGCCUGCGGCGCCGUCUAGGGCAGCGCCUGGCGGGCGUAGUGGGGCUACGGGGACGGCCGAGGGCUCCCCCUGCCGGCAGCCCGAGCUCCCUGCAGGUCGCGAAGAGCCCAGCCUGCCCGGACCCUUCGAAGAACCAGGACCCGACCCCGGAUCCCAAGUUCGCGGUCGUGUUCCCGAGGAUCCACAGGGCGGGGAGGGCGCCGAGCAGCCGGAGCUCAGAGGACGCGUCCGAAGGCGCACCCUCCAGGGAGGGGCGCGUUUGGCCCUGUGCAGGGGCCCCGAGGGACGGUGAGGGGCGCUGGGAGAGUGGAGAAGGGGAGGCGGGACCCCCGCGGGACGGGAGGGGCUCCAGCAGCGAAGCAGAGCCCGAGACCUCGGAGGCGGGGGCUCCGGUGCACUGGGCGCAGGACCCCGACGCCCGCGAGGACCCCGGGCCUGGCGCAGACGCGCUGCUGCCCCAACUCACCUUGGAGAAGCGCCCAGGCCCCUACCGGUCCCAGAGGGACCCCUGGGAGCCGGAGGACGAGGCCGAGGAGGCGCUGGAGAGGGACCUGGAGCUGAGCCUUGGGCCAGGCCUGGAGGCGCCGUCCUUCCCGGGUGCCGAGGGCGGGAACCCAGGGACCCUCCUGGAAGACACCGAGGACCUGGCCCGGCUGCGCCCGCUGUGUGACAGCUCGGUUCUGCUGUGCCUCAAGAAGAGGUUUCGCCUGGGCCGCAUCUACACCUUUGGGGGGCCCCUCCUGCUCGCUCUGAACCCCCGCUGGCCCCUGCCUGUCUUCUCGCCUGAGGUCCUGGCCAGCUACCGCCCCAGGAAGGCCCCCAGUGCCACCCCACACAUCUUCGCCAUCGGGGCAUCAGCCUACAGCCUGUCUCAGAGCGCGGGGCGGGACGCAGGCAUUCUCCUCAGCGGGCACAGUGGCUCAGGGAAGACAGAAGCCGCCAAACAGAUCGUGCGGUUCCUGAGCGGCCUGGAGCAGCAGCAGACGAGGGACGGAGGAUGUCAGCUGGACGGCGUGCUGCCCUGGCUCGGCAGCUUUGGCCACGCCAAGACAGUCCUCAAUGCCAACGCCAGCCGCUUCGGCCAGGUCUUCUGUCUCUGCCUGCAGCAGGGGGUCAUCGUGGGAGCUUCUGUGUCACAUUAUCUGCUUGAGACCUCGAGGGUGGUGUUUCAGGCCCAGGCUGAGCGGAGCUUCCACGUUUUCUACGAGCUGUUGGUGGGACUGGACCCCACGGAACGGGAGCAGCUGUCCCUGCAGGAGCCAGAGACCUACUAUUACCUCAACCAGGGCCAGGCCUGCAGGCUCCAGGGCAAGGAGGAUGCCCAGGACUUCACAGGACUGGUGAAGGCCCUGCAGGCGCUGGGCUUGUGCCCGGAGGAGUUGACCGCAGUCUGGGCCGUGCUGGCUACCAUCCUGCAGCUGGGCAACAUCUGCUUCUCCUCGUCAGAGAGGGAGUCCCAGGAGGUGGCUGCCGUGUCCAGCUGGGCCGAGAUCCACACAGCAGCCCGGCUGCUGCGAGUGCCGCCCGAGCGCCUGGAGGGGGCUGUCACCAGGCGGGUCACGGAGACACCCUACGGCCCGGCCUCAAGAUCCCUGCCCCUGGAGAGGGCCAUUGAUGCCAGGGACGCCCUGGCCAAGGCCCUGUACUCGCGGCUCUUCGCCUGGCUCCUGAGGCGGACCAACACGCGGCUGGCCCCACCCGGGGAGGGAGGCAGCACGAAAACCAUCACUGUCGUGGACGUCUAUGGUUUUGAGGCACUGCGGGUGAAUGGCCUAGAGCAACUGUGCAACAACCUUGCCAGCGAGCGUCUGCAGCUCUUCUCCAGCCAGAUGCUGCUGGCCCAGGAGGAGGAGGAGUGUCGGCGAGAGUUGCUGCCCUGGGUGCCCAUCCCCCAGCCUCCGAGGGAAUCCUGCCUGGACCUCCUGGUAGACCAGCCCCUGAGCCUCCUGCGUAUCCUGGAUGCCCAGACAUGGCUGUCCCAGGCCACCGACCACACCUUCCUGCAGAAGUGCCACUAUCACCAUGGCGAUCACCCCUGCUAUGCCAAGCCCCAGCUGCCCCUUCCCAUCUUCACCGUGAGACAUUACGCAGGGACCGUCACCUACCAGGUUCACAAAUUUUUAAACAGAAACCGGGAUCACCUUGACCCUGCCGUGGUAGAAAUGCUUGCCCAGAGCCAGCUCCAGUUGGUGGGCAGCCUGUUCCAGGAAGCGGAGCCCCAGGGCGGGGGAGGGCAAGGCAAACCCACCCUGGCCUCCCGGUUCCAGCAGUCCCUGGGGGACCUCAUAGCCAGGCUGGGCAGGAGCCGUAUCUACUUCAUCCAGUGCCUCACCCCCAACCCCGGGAAGCUUCCAAGCCUCUUUGAUGUGGGACACGUGGCAGAGCAGCUGCGCCAGGCAGGCGUCCUGGAGGCCGUUCGUUCCCGCAGUGCCCACUUCCCCGUGCGCCUGCCCUUCCAGGCCUUCCUGGCCAGGUUCCGGACCCUGGGGACCGGGGGGCAGGGAGAGCCCUCUGACCAGGAGAGGUGUGGCGCCAUCCUGAGCCAGGUGUUGGGGGCCGAGUCGCCCCUCUGUCACCUUGGAACCACCCAGGUCCUGCUGCAGGAGCCGGGCUGGCAGCAGCUGGAGCAGCACUGGGCCCAGCGGCGUGCCCAGGCCCUGCUCAUCCUGCACCGGGGGCUCCGGGCCUGCAUCUCCCGCCAGCGCCUCCGCCUCCUGCCUCGGAUGCAGGCUCGUGUGCGGGGGCUCCAGGCCAGGAAGCGGUACCUCCGGCGCCGGGCGGCCCUGGGACAGCUGAACACAGUGCUGCUGGCGGCCCGGCCCCUGCUCCGGAGGAGGCGGAGGCUGCAGCUUGGGCACUGGUGUGGCUGGCACGGCGGUGGGUCCUCGGAGAGCGGGCCAAGCAUGGAGCUGGCGCGCCUGGAGAUCCCGGCCGAGCUGGCCGUCAUGCUGAGGAAGGAGGAAGGCCGCCAGCACUCGCUGGCCCAGAGCAUCACUGAGGCCAAGCCCCCGGAGGUUCCUGCGCGGCCCCGCCUGACGCUGCCGCCGGACAUCGACCGCUUCCCCUUCUCCAGCUUCAUCUCCAUCGGCUUCCAGGAGCCAUCUCUGCCCACGCCUGGGCAGCUGCUGGACAAGCCCCUGACCCGGCUGGACGGUGAGAACCCUCAGCAUGCCCUGGAUAUCAACAAGGUGAUGCUGCGGCUCCUGGGGGAUGAGUCCCUGCCGUCCUGGCAGGAGCAGACCAUGGGCACCUACCUGGUGAGGCAGGGGCAGCGCCGGCCGGGACUGCGGGACGAGCUCUUCAGCCAGCUGGUGGCCCAGCUGUGGCACAACCCCAAUGAGCAGCAGAGCCAGCGCGGCUGGGCCCUCAUGGCCGUCCUGCUCAGCGCCUUCCCCCCAGCGCCCACCCUGCAGAAGCCACUGCUCAAAUUUGUGUCAGACCACGCCCCCAGCGGCAUGGCAGCGCUGUGCCAGCACAAGCUGCUGGUGGCCCUGGAGCAGGCACAGCUGGCCCCUGAGACCACACGUGCCCACCCCCCGACUCAGCUCGAGUGGACGGCCGGACGGCGCCGAGGCCGCAUGGUGCUGGACGUCUUCACGCUCAAUGACGAGUGCCUCUCCGCAGAGGUGGAGUCCUGGACGACGGGGGAGCAGCUCGCCGGGUGGAUUCUGCAGAGCAGAGGCCUGGAGGGGCCCCCCCGUGGCUGGUCCGUGUCACUGCACUCCGGGGACUCCUGGCAGGACUUGGCUGGCUGUGACUUCGUGCUGGACCUGAUCGGCCAGACUGAGGACCUGGGGGACCCUGCUGAUCCCCACAGCUACCCCAUUGGCCCCCGAAGCUUAGCCGAGGACAUCCCUCCCGCCCCUGGCGUCCAGGCCCCCUCACUGUCCCCAGGUCCCCCUCCAGGUCCAGCCCCAACGCUGCCUAGCAAGGACCACACAGGUGAGCCCCGGGCCUCGGGGAGCCUGGAUAGCUACCUGGACCACAUCUUCGAGCCAGUCCUCUCCCCCGGCCUCAGCGAUCUGGAGCAAGCCAGGGCUCUGAGCAGCCGCAUGAAGGGAGGGGGCGGCAUCGGGCCCAUGCAGCAAGGAAGCUACCCUAUGGUGUACCCAGGGAUGAUGCAGAUGCCUGGAUACCAGCCAGCUAUGAUGCCUGCACCCAUGCCCAUGAUGCCAGCAGUGGGCACAGUCCCUGCCAUGCCAGCCAUGGUGGUGCCACCACAGCCGCCGCCACAGCCCCUGCUCCCCAGCGUGGACGCAAGGCAGCUGGCAGCCCAGCAGCAGAGCUUCAUCAACCAGCAGGCGCUGCUCCUGGCCCAGCAGAUGACUGCCCAGGCCAUGUCCCUGUCCCUAGAGCAGCAGACUCAGCAGCGCCAGCGCCAGGCCCAGGCAACCUCAGCCAUGGUCCCGAAGCCCAAGACGCCCCCGGCCGCCGGGGAAGAGCCGGAGCCGGAGCCAGAGCCGGAGACCCCGCAAGAGACCCCGCAGGAGACCCCGCAGGAGAUCCCUCAGGAGACCCUGCAGGACGAGGAGGAGAGGCACAGGAGCUUCCAGCAGAAACGGAACUAUUUCCAGAAGAUGGGGCAGCAGCAGAUCAAGGUGAAGGUGGUGAAGCCUCCGGCCAAGGUGGUAAAGCCUCCGGCCAAGGUGCAGGUCCCCCAAGGGAAGGAGCAGGAAGAGGAGGAACCCCGUGCAGGUGGCAGGGAGAAGGGGGUCUCACGUGUUUUCUCCUGGGCAGUGCCAUCUCCUCCUCCCGCCCGGGGAGUGAAGAAGCCACUGACACCAGGUGGGGCCAAAGCUGUCCGGAAGGCUGAGGCGGAGCCGGCCCAGGAGGCGGAGCCUGAUGGUGACGCGGUGCCCAGCUCAGAACCCCCCCGGGUGCCCAGCAGGGAGAUCCGCAACAUCAUCCGCAUGUACCAGAGCCGCCCCGGCCCCGUGCCCGUGCCCGUGCAGCCAUCCAGGAAGCCCCCCCAAAAUUUCCUGAAGAAAAACAACCCUAAGGACGAGGCUCUGGCUAAGCUGGGGAUCAGCGGUGCCCACAUGCCCCCCACGCCGCUGUCCCCCAGCCCGGAGAAGGGCCCUCCGCCAGCUGUGGCCGCUCGGCCCACGGCCGCACCGCGGAUGAAGACCUCCAGCACCAUCCGGGAGAAGCAGGGGCCCCUUCAGGAGCUGUUUGGCCAUCGCCCACCCACUGCCCAGGCACCCCCACUUCCACCAGCGCCCCCACUGCCUCCACCCGGGGACCCGGGGACCCCUUCAGCUGAGCCCCGCGGCUCUCUGGGGUCCAUGGGAGAUCAGGGGGUCAGCACCCAGCUACUCGUGCCCAUCGGCAGCGUGUGCUUCUCCUACACCAGCGCGCCCUGGAGGCUGUUCCUACGCAAGGAGGUCUUCUACCCCCGGGAGAACUUCAGCCACCCUUACAACCUCCGGCUCCUCUGUGAGCAGAUCCUGAGGGACACCUUUUCCGAAUCCUGCACCCGGAUCUCCCAGGACGAGCGGUGCAGAAUGAAAGACCUGCUGGGAGACCUGGAGGUGGGCCUGGACUCACUCGGCGCCGCUGAGGACAGUGUCAAGAAGCGCAUUGUGGUGGCCGCUAGGGACAACUGGGCCAAUUACUUCUCCCGCAUCUUCCCCGUCUCCGGCGACAGUGGCAGCAACGUGCAGCUGCUGGGCGUGUCCCACCGGGGACUGAGACUGCUCAAGUGGGCCCGAGGCCCCGGCGUCUGCCUCCACCAGCUGAAGACUCUCUGCUCCUACAGCUUUGCCGAGGUGCUGGGCGUGGAGUGCCGGGGGGGCUCCACCCUGGAGCUGACGCUGAAGAGCGAGCAGCUGGUGCUGCACUCGGCCCGGGCAGGGGCCAUCAAGGCCCUGAUGGAGCUCUUCCUGAGUGAGCUCCAGAAGGAUUCCGGCUACGUGGUUGCCUUGCGAAGCUACAUCACGGAUGACCGCAGCCUCCUCAGCUUCCACCGUGGGGACCUCAUCAAGCUGCUGCCGGCCAUCGAUCCGGAGCCAGGCUGGCAGUUUGGCUCUGCCGGGGGCCGCUCCGGGCUCUUUCCCGUGGACAUGGUGCAGCCGGCUGCUGCCCCGGACUUUUCCUUCUCGCUGCGCAGAGAGCCGAGCCUGGCUCAGCGGGAGAGGGGGUUGGAGGGCCCCGCCAGACGCCGGAGCCAGGCACACAGUGACAACUCGGAGGCCAGCAGCCUGCCCUUGUCCGAGGUCUCUGCCCCUCUGUCCGUCGUCUCCCACAACUACACCAUGCAGGACUUUGCCCUGAAAUACUUCCGGAAGCCCCAGACCUUGCUGGCUCCGGCAGGUGGAGACACUCAGAAAGCCAUGGCCAGCCUGGUGCAGUACACCAAGGCCCCCAUCCAGGAGUCGCUCAUCAGCCUCAGUGAUGAGGACGCGAACAGGCGGGCUGUGGAGAGCUUCCAGGUUCUGAUGCAGUUUAUGGGGGACCAGCCGAAGCCCCGGGGCAAGGACGAGAUAGAGCUCCUCUAUGAGCUGCUGAAGCUGUGCCGGGAGAAGGAGAACCUCAGGGACGAGAUUUACUGCCAGGCCAUCAAGCAGGUCACGGGACACCCCCGGCUGGAAUUCUGUGCUCGAGGCUGGAGCUUCCUCAGCCUCCUCACCGGCUUCCUCCCGCCGUCCCCCACGCUGAUGCCCUACGUGACCCAGUUCCUGCAGGACGCGGGCAGGACUCAAGAGCUGGCCCGCAGCAGCCAGGAGCACCUCCAGCGCACGGUCAAAUACGGGGGGCGCCGGCGGCUGCCGUCCCCGGGUGAAAUGAAGGCUUUCCUGAACGGGAAAAUGGUCCGCCUGCUGCUGAUUCACCUGCCCGGAGGCGUGGGCUACAGGACCAACAUCGGGACUUUCACCGUGGCAGCAGAGGUGCUGGAGGAGCUGUGUGAGAAGAUGGGCAUCACAGAACCCGAGGAGGUCCAGGAAUUUGCCCUGUUCCUCAUCAAAGGCGAAGGUGAGCUGGUGCGGCCCCUGCGGCCCCACGAGUACCUCAACAGCGUGUUGGUGGACCGCGAGACCAGCCUGCACAGCCGGCGGCUCGGCUGGGAGACCCGCCUGCACUUCGAUAACCCCACCUACAUCAGCACCCACUACAGCCAGGUGCAGCGAGACUACCUGCAGGGGAAGCUGUUGGUCGGCGCCCAGGCAGAUGCCCAAGUUGCCAGACUGGCUGCCCUUCAGCACGUCAGCAGGACCCAGGAGGCGCCCCCCUCAGAGCAAGACCUGCUGGCGUACCUGCCGAGGCCGCUGCAAGGCCAGGUGAACGUGGCCACCCUCCGGGGCCUGGUGGACCAGGAGCUGAGGCAGCUGCAAGGACGCAGCGCCCAGGAAGCUCAGAUCGGCUUCAUCGAGGCGGCGAGCCAGCUGCCCCUCUUUGGUUACACGGUCUACGUGGUGCUGCGAGCGAGCGACCUGACGCUGCCCAGACCCAGCCUCCUGGGGCUGAACCGCCAGCACCUCAUCCUCAUGGACCCCAGCUCCCAGACACUGUGCUGCUCCAUCGCCCUGCGGGACCUGCAGCGGCUCCACCUGCUGAGCCCCCUGGAGGCAGACAGGCCCCCGGGCCUGGAACUCAACUACGGCUCCGUCGACAGCCCCCAGACCAUCUGGUUCGAGCUGCCGCAGGCCCGGGAGCUGCAGCACACCAUCGCCUUCCUGCUCAACAGCAGCGACAGCUCCGUCUAGUGGCCGGCCUCACCCCGGAGGAGAGGUGGAGGGCGGGAGAGGAGGAAGGGCCCCUCCCUGGACCCAGUCUCACCCGAUGGUCUCCCUUGGGUGC